UCGCCCCAGCCCCGGGCAGCGCCAGCUGCGGGACGAGCCGAGCUGCACACCUCAUUGCCGGGGCCGGGCGGCCGUGGCUGCUCCGCCCCCGCGGUGGGGAGCUAGGUCCGGUCGCUGGGCGAGGCGCUCAGCUGCCGCGUCGCAAACUUGGUGGGAGCGAGCGGAGCACGGGCGGCUCAGCGAGACUGCGGCCAUGGCGGCGUAGGGCGGGCAUCAAGCGCGGCGGCGGAUCCCGCGUCCGCCUGCGUGCGGCGAGCAGCCCACGGCGACUCCAGGUGCUUUUCCUACAUGAGUGCAAGAAGAGUAGACUGGUAAAAGAAGUGACUGCUGUGGAGAACAGCAUGACCACCAUGAAAGGAAGUUACUUUCUCACACUGCUCUUGGCAGGACUUGGGGUGUUAGGAAUAGUGGAGUCAACAACAACAGAAGAUACGCAAUGCCACAGAGCUGAGCACCCAAUUAUUGCAUACAAAGAAAUUGCCCCUUGGCUACACGUGUUCAAAGGAGAAGAUGCUGUGGAUUUCUCACAGUUAACAUUUGACCCAGGACAAAAAGAGCUUAUUGCUGGAGCAAGAAACUACCUCUUCAGACUGAAGCUUGAAGAUCUCUCUCUAAUACAGGCAGUGGAGUGGCAAUGUGAUGAAGCUACUAAAAGAGCCUGUUACAGUAAAGGGAAAUCAAAGGAGGAAUGCCAGAACUAUAUUAGAGUGCUUCUUGUUGGAGGCAACCAUCUCUUCACCUGUGGAACCAAUGCAUUCACUCCAAUCUGCACCAAUCGCACGUUAAGCAACUUGAGAGAGAUACAUGACCAAAUCAGUGGCAUGGCUCGUUGUCCCUACAGUCCCCACCACAAUUCUACUGCUCUUCUCACUUCCAGUGGAGAAUUAUAUGCUGCUACAGCCAUGGAUUUUCCAGGAAGAGAUCCUGCUAUUUAUCGAAGUCUGGGGGCCCUUCCUCCUCUCCGAACUGCCCAGUACAACUCCAAGUGGUUGAAUGAACCAAAUUUUGUGUCAUCUUAUGACAUUGGGAACUUUACUUACUUCUUCUUCCGGGAAAAUGCAGUGGAACAUGACUGUGGGAAAACAGUUUUCUCUCGUGCUGCCCGAGUGUGCAAAAAUGAUAUUGGUGGCAAGUUUGUGCUGGAGGAUACCUGGACUACCUUCAUGAAAGCUCGUGUGAACUGCUCUCGCCCUGGGGAAAUUCCAUUUUAUUAUAAUGAACUUCAGAGUACUUUCUUCUUGCCAGAACUGGACUUGAUCUAUGGGAUUUUUACAACUAAUGUGAACAGCAUAGCAGCCUCAGCAGUUUGUGUUUUCAAUUUGAGUGCCAUAACUCAGACCUUUAAUGGACCCUUCAAAUACCAGGAGAAUUCUCGCUCUGCUUGGCUUCCAUAUCCCAAUCCUAACCCUAAUUUUCAGUGUGGCACCAUGGACCAGGGUUUGUAUAUAAAUCUGACUGAGAGAAAUCUUCAAGAUGCACAAAAAUUCUUCUUAAUGCAUGAGGUUAUUCAACCAGUUAUACCAAUUCCUUACUUCAUGGAAGACAACAGCCGAUUUUCCCAUGUGGUUGUGGAUGUUGUGCAGGGGAAGGACAUGCUUUUCCAUAUCAUCUAUCUUGCCACAGACUAUGGCACUAUUAAGAAAGUACUUGCCCCAGUGAACCAGAAUUCAAGCAGCUGUCUGCUUGAGGAAAUUGAACUCCUGCCGAAAAGUCAGCGAGAGCCCAUCAAGAGCCUUCAGAUCCUGCACAGCCAGAGUGUCCUUUUUGUGGGCCUUCAAGAACAUGUGAUUAAGAUCCCACUGAAGAGAUGUCUCUUCUACAAAACAUACAGUGCAUGCAUUGGAUCCCAAGACCCUUAUUGUGGCUGGGACAUGGUUAUGAAGAAAUGCUCAACACUGGAAGAAAGUCUGAGCAUGAGUCAAUGGGAGCAAAGCAUUACCAUGUGUCCAAUGAGGAAUCUGACAGUGGAUGGACAUUUUGGAACAUGGUCACAGUGGAAACCUUGCACCCACACUGAUGGUGCCAGUGUUGGCUCCUGCUUGUGCCGGACGCGUGUGUGUGACAGUCCUGCUCCUCAGUGUGGAGGAUGGCUGUGUGAAGGACCAACCAUGGAGAUUGCCAACUGUUCCAGAAAUGGAGGCUGGACAGCGUGGACUUCUUGGUCACCUUGUAGCACAACUUGUGGAAUAGGCUUCCAAUUUCGACAGCGUUCCUGCAGCAAUCCAACUCCUCGACAUGGAGGACGCGUCUGUGUGGGACAGAAUCGUGAGGAGAGGUACUGCAAUGAGCAUUUGUUGUGCACCCCUCAUGUGUUUUGGACAGGCUGGGGGCCAUGGGAGCGUUGCACGGCUCAGUGUGGAGGAGGGAUCCAGGCACGGCGCAGGACAUGUGAAAAUGGUCCUGACUGUCCUGGCUGCAGCAUGGAAUAUCAGCCUUGUAACACCAACACCUGCCCUGAGUUAAAAAAGACAACUCCUUGGACUCCCUGGACCCCAGUGAACAUUUCAGACAAUGGUGGUCACUACGAGCAGCGUUUCCGAUACACCUGCAAGGCACACCUGCCUGACCCAAACCUGUUGGAGGUGGGACGGCAGCGCAUUGAGAUGCGCUACUGCUCCAGCGACGGCACCAGUGGAUGCUGGACAGAUGGAUUGUCAGGGGACUUCUUGCGUUCUGGAAGAUACUCUGCUCAUACCAUCAAUGGUGCCUGGUCACCCUGGUCUCUGUGGUCUCAGUGCAGUCGUGACUGCAGUAGAGGUAUCCGGAAUCGCAAACGGGUCUGCAGCAAUCCUGAGCCCAAGUAUGGGGGACUUCCUUGCCUUGGCCCAUCUCUAGAGUACCAGGAAUGCAACAUUUUGCCUUGCCCAGUGGAUGGAGGCUGGUCUUGUUGGUCAUCUUGGUCAAAGUGCUCAGCAACAUGUGGAGGAGGGCAUUACAUGAGAACCCGCUCCUGCACAAACCCAGCCCCAGCAUAUGGAGGUGAUAUCUGCCUUGGCCUGCACACUGAAGAAGCACUCUGCAACACACAGCCAUGUCCAGACAGCUGGUCUGAGUGGUCCGAGUGGUCUGACUGUGACUUGUCUGGCUUCCAGACCCGUGCUCGACAGUGCAUCAUUUUGUUUCCUGUGGGCAGCCAGUGCACAGGGAACGCCACAGAGAGCCGAGCCUGUGCUGUGGACUCCAACUUUAUACCAGAAAUACCUGUGGCACAAUCCAGCAGCAUAGAAAAGAAACGAUGUGGCGAGUUCAACAUGUUCCACAUGAUCACAGUGGGAUUAAGUAGCUCAAUUCUUGGUUGCCUUCUCACCCUGCUUGUUUACACGUACUGCCAGCGAUACCAGCAGCAGUCCCACGAUGCGACUGUCAUCCACCCAGUGUCACCAGCUCCACUCAACACCAGCAUCACCAACCACAUUAACAAACUGGACAAAUACGACUCUGUAGAAGCCAUCAAGGCAUUUAACAAAAACAACCUGAUUCUAGAGGAGAGAAACAAAUACUUCAAUCCACAUCUUACUGCAAAGACUUAUUCUAAUACCUAUUUUACAGAUUUCAAUAAUUAUGACGAGUUCUAAUGGGCUUGUGUAUUUUCUUGCCUCCUGUAAUUCCCCAGUCUCUAAGGCCUAUGCUAUUCAAGUGCUCAUGUGAUUGAGACUUCAGAGAUUAAGUUCAGAGACAUUUCAAGCGUGAUCCAAGCCAUCAAUGUCCCACUGCUACCAAAAGCCCAAACCACCUGUUUUUGACAUGAUGUUUUCUUUCCAUAAUACAAGGUUGGCCUUCAGUGUCAGGGGCAGCUGUAGCCCCUCACUGUUGCUGGACCACUCAUGAGGAUUGCAUUGCUUUGCUCAGUUUUAUAAAUUUCCACUCAUAUUUAUCUAACAAGUAACUAAGUAAUUCUGGAGUUUAAAAAAGUACAAAUCUAAUUUUCUUUUUAGACAUUGUCUUUUAUUUCCUUGGGGUUUAAAAAGGGAGUCUUGCUGUCAGCCCUUUCCUGAAGCUCACCCUGUCAAAAAGAGCUCACAAGGUGCUGGGGAUGACAAGAAGAAAUGUCAUGGUUUAGUGAUCCUCUGCAGCAAUUCUGGGAUCUGUGAUAUUCCUGGGCUGUGAAUCACCCCGACUGCAGUUCAGCUGACCAGAGUGCAGAGGUACUAAGGCUGUACUGAGGGAUACAAUCUUGUAAUUAACCCAGACACCUCCAGGGUUAGUGGUUUCCAGUUUGCAAGAACAGCCCAGUCACAUAAUGCUUUCAUCUUGCUCAGUUUAAUUUUUGCAAGGGUGUAGAAGGGCACGUCCAACAGGGAGGCCAAGGGAGGAGGGCAGAUGGGAGGAGCACACUGGGAGGUUUUUCUCUGUGUCUUUAAUAACCUAGCCUUGCUGCAGCAUGUGGGUUUGUAGUGGCACUUCUACCUAGUGCAUGCCCAUGGGACAGACUUGUCUCUGAUGGCUGUGGCACUUGCCACCAGUCUGGCAAGAGAACAGUACAACUGCACCAUGGAUUGUGUGCCAUUUCUAGCUCUCGGGGGUGUGUAGGCAUAAUCAUAGAUCUGCUUUUUUCUUUCCAGCUUCUACUUUAUAUGCACAGGUCUGACAAACAAAGCUGGCUCAGAGAAUAUAGAUGCAUUUUCAAAGGGCUGUCUUGUCUUGCUGCCAUGUCUGACCUGCAUCAGUCAACCCCUAGAGGAACAUUCUUAUGGUGUUUCAAGUGAUGAUCUUGUUGGACUUCAUUGAUGUAAAUAUUUAAAAUACUAUUUGAGUUUUAAGUUAUCAGUUUUAUUUCCUUUUGUAGUGGUAGAUGAGGAAACACAAAGUCUUAUACCAUUUUUCUUUGUCCUGUCCAUUUUCACCCACAUUCAUGACAUUUUUAUUUUUGUAUCUGAAAUUCUGUAUGUAUAACUAAAAAGAAAAUUGCAGGGAUUUGAGUGAGAUUUUACAGAGUAUAUAGUAGAAAGGAAGCAUUUGCUAUUCUCAGAAGCUUGUGAGAAGAAAUUAUAAGUGAAUAUUAAAGAUUAAAGAACUGGGCUUUCAUUUUCUUGCUAAAAGCAAAGACAAUUCCACUAGAGUACUAGGGAGAUGAGCAAGAGAAGCAGAGUAGAAAUUAUACAUUUCUAUGUAUCAUUUGAUAUAAGUGAUACAUCAAAUGUACAUUCUGUUUAGAGCCCUUGUUAAUUAGGUUUUGUUAUGAGAGACAAAAUGAGAAAAAUAUGUACAGAUUAUAAUGAUUCACAACUAUGUAUAAAAAAAUCAGAAAGUACCAACAAACACUUCCAUAGCAAUGGUAAAUACUGUAUCUACUCAUGGCAGUGAGCUACAUUUUUGAAUGGGGAUAGAUCUGAAUGUAGCACUAUGCUUCCAAUCUGUUCUACAGAAAAAUAAAUUCAAAGUGGUCUUUAAAAUGCUAUGCAGUAAGAUGGAGACACAUUUGCUAUCUAUUAAAGUAAUUAAGAUCAGCCACACAUUUUUUUUCCAGAUGAACAGUCCUCACUAUUACUAACUCAGUCAAAUGAAAGCCCCUCACCUUCACACCAUCUCUUCUCCAGAAAGUAUAAUAAUGCUGGGACUCUAUAAUUUGUGAUUUUUCACUUCACAUUAGAUUUGGUUUUCCAGGAAUAAAUUAGCUGAUUGCUCUGGAUAAAAUUUUCUUUGCUAGAAAUAGAGGGGAGAAAAGCUUUCCAAAUCAUAACCAGGAUGGUAUUUGAAUUACUGUGUUCAUGGCAGAAGAUAAAUUUUUUAUUUAAAUAAGAUAAAACCUAUAUUGUUGCUACUGCCAAGAAAAAGCAGCACACAUACAUACACACAUAUGAGCAUCAUUGUUCCUUUCUGCCCCUGUGCUAAGAGCACAUUAGUCCAACUUCUGCAUUUUAUAGUUAGACUAAUUGUUUUGAGACCAAUAUCUUUAAAAUAUUUGAACUAUGUAUUUUUAUUUUACACCUUUCAAUUACAAUUACUGAAAUGAUCUUUUUUUCCUAACUCUUCAGUGGCUUGAGGUGCACCUAUCUUUAUAGUGAUCUAUUUUUAAUUCUUUUCAUGCAUAAAUACAUAUUUUAGAUACAUCUUACAUAUGUGGUAAUAAUGCCCUUGGUUAAGUCUGCAUGAUCAUAGGUAGAAAUCCAUUUAGCAGAUGUUCAGUCUGCUCACACUUCCCUCUCCUUAAAGGAUUGUUUCAGGUGUUACAGGUCUUUGAGCAGCUCCCAUGCCAGCAUGUCAGGAAAGUGUUUCUUUUAAUUAUUUUUCUUUGUCAUUUAGCUUCCUAAAUUAAUUGUUCUAUAUCACAGGUAGAAAUAUAUUUAAAACUCUACCUGAAGCAGCAGGGUAAACAUGGAAAUGUCACAGCACUUAAAUGGGGAAAAUUUGAUGGCAAGAUCUCCUUGUCAUGCUAGGUUGUGAGACAACAGGUUUUAAAGCCUUUAGAUAUUUGUGUCUUAGGUAAUUUUAAAGGACCCCAGAUGCACUGGGGUGUAUAACAUUAUUUACACAUGUUGUAAGUAUUUUCACCUUCUGAAUUCUAUAUAGCUGCCCAGAUAGUUUAGUACAGCUUUUCCUAGUUCAUGGAGCAAGGCAAAGUGCUGUCUCUAUUAAUUUUCAACUUUGUUUAGCAUUUUUUCUACAAUAGGCUACAAAACUGAAAAGGCAGAUUUCAUAGAAUUGUUUAGUGUGGAAGAUGUCUGAGUCCAACAAUUAACUUGGCACUGCCAAGUCCCCUAUUAAACUAUGUCUAUUUCUUCUUGAAAGUUCUUGUUCUUCUUUCUGUCAAAAAUAUAACAAGUGGACAUUUUCUGCAAACCCUGUUUAGGCCUGUAGAGUUCUUAAAUUUUCUCAAGGUAGGAUUUGGUUAUAAAAGCAUUAUUAUACUGUUUGAAAGGGAAGAUCAAGUCCCUUGCUCAUCAAAUGCCAUACUUAAAUAACCUUCAUUCUUUCUUUUGGAUAAAGUGAUCUAUUUUGGAUAAAUAAUUAUAUUACCUCUGAUGCCAUUAGUUAAUAUUGCUAACCAUGUUUACACUGAUUGCAUAAAUUUAAAAAUGCUUCUCUAUUUUGAAUGCAAACAAUUUGGCAGAUAAAUGAAAAUUAGUAGAGCUGUUUCCAUGUAGCCCUGUUGCAUGGAGGGAGGAGGAAGCUGCAUGGAGGGAGGAGGAAGCAAGACUGACAGUCGUGUCCUGCACGGUAUAUGCACUCAUUGGCCAACUCCAUUAUGCCUAAGAACUUUUUGUGCUUAUUUUUUAUUUCUGAAUCAUAUGUACCUCAGUUGCUUAGAAAAUGGACUCCUGUGUUUGCAGAUAUAUCUUGGAUGUUGAUUUGAGUCUGAUGAUCUUUAUGGCCUUUUUAGGUUACUCUAUGUAGAAGCCUUUCCAGCCAUUUGCAGUCAUCUGAUGUUGAAGCAGUGUGGUUUGGCUAAAACUAAUCAAGAAAUUUUUUACUAGGAUUGGGAAUUUUAUAAGAGGGUGGAAAAAAUAAUGGGUCUUAAAUGGCUUUGAUUUCCAGCCUAUUAAGCAGUACUGAUUAAAGUCUCACAUGGAUAUAGGAUACUGUGCAUUUAGUUAGCUCUACCAGAGAUCCACACCAGAGUCUGGGAAAAUACCACACCAGCAUACAAAUCAAGAGCUACUGAAACACUUACGUUAAUGAAAAAAUUUCUCAGAGCAUCAGGCCAUAUGGCUGUUCAAACCAGAAAAGAAUGUAAGAGGUCCCAGAUAUAAGUAAAAUGUUAACAGGAUUAAAUGCUCAGUAUUUUUUUCCUCAUAAUUAUAGUAUGAAUAUAUUCACUUCUUUAAAUGUAGGACCAGUUGUAAUAAAAUCAGCACAACAUGAGCACAUUCCUAGUGUUGAUUGAAUGCGUCAUGGCCUUGCUGUAUGAGAUCAGUUCUGUAAACAGUUUGGUCCAAGCUUAUCUUGCUCUGCUUGAGGCAUCUGGCCAAUUUUAAUUGUAGCUGCGACCAGCAUUGUCUGUGUCUCAUCUAGGAAAACAUACUUAGACUGAGUUACAUCUUGAUGUGGGCUUGUGUCUCUCCACCAACACUGCAGUGAGCCUAGAGAGAUAUACUUCUAAUUUUCAGUGUCAUUUCCAUGGCAUAAGCUAGGCUCUUGAGUAUAAUUUUAGUCAUCACAUAAGUAACCACACCAAGCUCAAUGGUAUAGAUGUAGCAAGUUACUUAUUUUAACGUGUUUACAGAAUUGAGCCAAAAAUGUAUUGCUUCUGCACAAAUCCAUGCGCAGUACAAGAUGACUUCAAUAGUGAAAAACCAGAUUCAUUAAAAAUUGUUCAAAAGUGAAUCUGCAUAUUGAUAUCAGGGAAUAAUUACGUGUUCGUUGUGUGGGGUAUUUUAAUUCAUUCCUUUCUUUGCUAAAUAAGUGAAUGAUAAAACAAGACACUGCUUGACUUAAUUUAAAAGCUGUUCUUCCAAAUAAAGAAGAA